GCUGUGCGCGAAAAUUCAAAAAUUAUUCUAAGUAAAAUUCUGCGAAAUUAAAAUUUAAAGUGUACAUAAAAUGUCGUUAUAUCGAUUACUUUACGAUUUGCGACCGUGGGCGUUCCGUUCUCCAGUUUUCAAUCGAUUAGAUAGACUCGGGUUCGGUUUUACACCCGCCGAAAUACAAGCAUUCUUCCAAAUGCAGGAUUUCAAAAUUUACCCUACUGUUACCUCAGAAGAAAUUACGCCACCAACAAUUGAUAAGAAGGGAUUCAAAGUGGCUCUGGAUAUGAAGGAUUUCAAGCCUAAUGAGUUCGUAGUUAAGACGGUGGACAAUAUGGUCGUUGUGGAAGGUAAAGUAGAGCGAAAGGAUGAUAAGGAAGGAUCCUUUUCGAGGGAAUUUCUGAGGAGAUAUGUGCUUCCAGAUAACUUUGAUACGAACAAAGUGGAGUCAACCUUGGAUUCGGACGGGGUUCUUACAAUAACAGCACCUCACCCGCCAUCGAAUGAAAGGAUCGUUCAAGUCAAUCAAAUUGAUGCUAAAAAGAAGGAGGAUAAGGAAUGAAAGAGAUAUUUCUUGUGAUCGAAUAUUGUUGAAGUCAAAUGUGGUUAAAGUCUGAAUUAGUUAAGUUUAUUAUUUUCAUCUGCAUUGCGAAAUUAUACACUCAUGAAGUCACAGUAAAUAAAAGUCCGAACAAGUAAUUGGUGUUCUG